AUGAUGCCUGGCCAGCGACUGCAAGGCUGCCGCUCCCUGCACCUCAACGAGGACAACGGCCGCUUCGUGCUGCUCGCCGUCCUCAUCAUACUGUACCUGCUGUGCGGCGCUGCGGUCUUCUCGGCCAUAGAGAGGCCCUCGGAGCUGCGGGCUCACGGCCGCUGGAACGGGACGCUCCACAACUUCAGUGAGACCUUCAACAUCAGCCUGCAGGACCUCAACUCCUUCCUGCGGGAGUACGAGGCUGCAAUCGCCGCCGGGAUCCGGGCUGAUGCUCUGAGGCCACGAUGGGAUUUUACAGGGGCUUUUUAUUUUGUUGGAACUGUGGUGUCGACUAUAGGUUUUGGGAUGACAACGCCUGUGACAGUUGCAGGCAAGGUGUUCCUGAUCUUUUAUGGGCUUCUGGGCUGUGCCGCCACCAUCCUUUUCUUUAACCUCUUCCUGGAACGCAUCAUCACACUGCUGGCUGUGGUGAUGAAGGCCGUGAGGGAGCGUCGAAUCAGGAACAGUGGUCUACUCCCUCCAGGAAUCCGCCAUGACUUCUCAGCGUACUCCCUCCCUGGCUGGAAGCCAUCCGUGUACCAUGUGAUGCUGAUUCUUGGCCUGUCAGCCAUCACCAUCUCCUGCUGUGCAUCAGCCAUGUACACCCCCGUGGAGGGCUGGGCGUACUUAGACUCACUCUACUUCUGCUUUGUCACCUUCAGCACCAUCGGCUUUGGGGAUUAUGUCAGCAGUCAGAGCGCUGCUUACGAAUACCAAAGCCUCUACAGGGUGGCCAACUUCCUCUUCAUGCUAAUGGGAGUGUGCUGCAUCUACUCGCUCUUUAAUGUCAUCUCUAUUGUCAUCAAGCAGGUGCUCAACUGGAUUCUGGAGAAAAUGAGCUGCUUGUUUUGCCAGCGCUGCAAUAAGGCCAGCGCCCUCCUGGGCAGACGUAACGCCAUCCGCCCGGGCUUCAAGGGUCGCAAGGGUCGGCUUGGCCAGCCGCCCGACUCAGAUGGUCCUUGUGAUAGUGAUACCGAGGGACGCAGACUAUCAGGGGAGAUGAUCUCUAUGAAAGACUUGGCAGCCUCUAACAAGGUGUCGCUGGCCAUCAUGCAGAAGCAGCUGUCUGAGUCGGCCAAUGGAUAUCCCAGGACAGUCUGUGGCAGCUCACGCCAUAAUGGUUUCUCUGGGGGGGUUGGCGCCCUCGGUAUCAUGAACAACAGGCUGGCAGAGACGAGUAACUCCAGGUAGAGGACACAGUGAGACAUGAAAU